AGGUCUUCUAGAUUUUCGCUGCCGCUUCUUCUCUUUCUUCCUCACGUAUUUGGUUGCGGCUGGGUCAGGAAUUGGAGGGUGAGGUUGGAGAGGAGAUGGGCUAAGGUUGGAGAGGAUAUGGGGCGGAUGCGGCAUGGGCUCUAGGGCCGCGAUAACUGAGGAAUCGGAGAUCGAGCGGAGGACGCCGGCAGCGGCCGUGGCAUGGAUCGGGUCUUCCUCCGACAUCCCGGCCGUCGUUGAAGCGCUCGGGUUGAUUUGGCCGCGCGACCUCGGGAGGGGGCUUGGGGUGGAGGCGACGUGGUUGACGUGGUUGGCAUGGAGGCGGGAUGGCCAGGAGGGAGAGACAAGGACUUAUACUCGCAUCAACCAUGGGUCCGGCAUUCCGGCGGCGGCCAUCGGCGUCUGUGACAAAGAGCGGGAUGAAGAGCGGCAAAACCUCCACCAUGGCCACGACCAUCUCAAACGGCGGCAACGACAACCCAGAAGUGGGUGCACAUGAGAAGCUUGACCUCAGUACCCAGCUGCCGGAAUAGCUGACGGAGGUACGGCACCAGUUGCAGCAGGCACUUGACUGGUGAGGCUCCAGCUUACCAGCAAAACGGCACUAUCAAACUCGAGGUCUUCUCAAGUCACUCUGGCUACUCGGUUAGCCCUAUUUUGUAGAGAGAGA